AUGGCCCGCUCAAUGUACGAUGCUGUUGGCGUGAAGGAGACGGUGUCUAGGCGGUCGAACUUGUAUGCCGUCUCCUCGCUCCUCUCGAUGCCCGGCCAGCUCGAAGCGGGCACGCCCGCCGCCGUGUACCAGCUGGACUGGGCCGACCCGCCGCCCGAGCUGCUCAUGAAGGACUGGCGGACGCUCCUCGGCGCGUGCGCGGGCUCCCAGGCGGUGCGCAAGGCCCUGGAGCUGGAGAGGGCGCAUUUCGCCCUCGGACUGACCCUGUGGUUCAUCCUGCUGUGGGAGACGGAGUGGUUCGGCCACGUCUGCAGCUGUGCCUUUCGAUGCGUGCUCUUUGCGCCUGACGCGGCUGGCCAGGAGGACAGCGGCGUCGAAGGGGCAUCCGCGGAUGAUGCGGGUGGCGAGGCGGAAGCACGCUACCGCCGAGAGCACGUCUAUGCGUACGAUGCUUGCGCCGCGAGGGCGUCGACGCCGAAAAUACCAUCGCCGAGAUCGAGGCCGGAGCCGACGCCAUGCACGCACAACAAGGCUCGAGCUCGGCCGUGA